AUGCUACUCGCAAGCUCGGUACAAUCGGUUUUGAGCCCCCGUUCCUCACAGGACUCACUCAGCUCCACCAGCAUGGCCCGGUACGAUGAGUUCCGACCUAGUACGAUAAUAAAAUCCUUUACUCCGGACUCCGAGCCAAUUAUCUAUCUUUCCAUCCCGCCACGAUCGCCGACUGAUCCCAGGUCAUCCAAGGAGGAUGUCCAGCCAAUAUCCGGGGCCAGAGCCCUCGCUAUGAUCGUCGUCUGUGUAACUGCCAGCAUCAUCAGCAAUGCUUCCUCCGUCUCAAUGAACCUUCUGAUCCCCAGUAUCCAACGAGAGCUAGAAAUUGAAGCUAGUAACUUGCAGUGGAUAUCGAGCGGAUUCCCCCUCGGCUUCGGUAGUUGCUUGCUGCUGUUUGGGAGACUAGCUGAUCUGUUUGGCCAUAAACGAUUCAUUCAACUGGGCACUAGCUUUUACGCGUUGGCUUCUCUCGGCUGCGCGCUUUCGCGCACCCAUGUCCAGCUCUCGAUUCUACGAGUCUUGCAAGGACUCGGGGCUGCAGCCACUGCACCGUCAAUCAUUGGUGUCUUGGGGAAUCAUCUGGAGCCGGAAUCAAUGCUUAAACGUGUCGGCUUUGCUGGACUCAGCGCCGGUUUACCUUUGGGAGCUUCUUUCAGCAUGCUUGUUGGCGGGUUAAUCACAGAAACAACAGGGGCUGGAUGGAGAUCCUUCUUCUACUUUUGCGCUGCCUCUGCUUCUGCGAUUUGCGUAUCCGCCACGCUGGUUAUCCCGAAAGACAAGGAGAGAGUCAACGACGGGGGAAUCGAUUGGUUAGGCGGGUUCCUGAUCAUCACCGGAUUGACGGGAUUGAUCUUGUCGCUUGCGAUUAGCUCUCGAGAGGAGUCGAACAGAACGGUCGUCCUUCUGGCCAUUAUUUUCUCGUUACUCAUCCUGGCCAGCUUUUUAUACUGGCAAAAGGUCCUCGAGGACCGCAUGAACGAAUCCUUUCAGCAUGGUGAAGGUUGGGAAAUGGCCACUGAACCCAUUUUGAAACUUGAUUUGUUUAAGAGAGAUCACCACCAGUUCUUGGUCGUCUUGACGGUCGUUUGCUUGCUUUGGUUUAGCUUCGUCAGCCAGAACUUUUUCUUCCAUGAAUAUCUCCAAGAUUUUUUGGGCUUAAGCUUACGCAAAUCUGUCAUCCGAUUCAUUCCCUUGCCUGUGGUCGGACUCCUCCUGAACAUAACCUUUGGCUUCGUCUCCCCCAUCGUCCCGACACAACUUUUGAUAGUCUUCGGCUGCAUGGGCACCGCAACCAGCUGCCUGCUGUCCGCACUCAUGAACCCCUCAGCCGGGUAUUGGACGUACAACUUUGCCUCGGUUACACUAUCUGUUGUUGGACCUGGCUUUGUGGUUCCCAUUGCGAAAAUGUACAGUAGUCAGAUCGCGAGUCAAUCCGAGCAAGCAGUCGCCGGUGGGCUCUUCCACACAGUGUCACAAAUCGGUAGUGCAGUCGGAUUAAGUCUGACCACUUUACUCCAGGUUCAUGUCACAAGCUAUAGAAGUCGACAAGAAGGAACAGUUGUCAACAAUGAUUUGACUGUGGCAAGUCCUGAGGCCUACUUGGAUGGAUUAAGGGCUGCCUUUUGGCUAUGUUUUGGAGUGUUAUGUCUUGCAACUUGCCUGUCUGUUGUCUUUCUACGUAACUUGAAGCUCGUUGGAAACAAGAAAAACUCCUCAAUAGAAGAAGAUGGCAUACAGAAAAUAUAA